AUGGACUCGCCACCGGUUUUCACUGCACUGCCUGCUACCGGAUCUAACAUUUUCGACGGUCUCAAACACGCCACCGAAACCCUUCACACAUUCAGCGUCACCGAUAGCGACGACACCGUUACGUGCUCUGCAAGAGCGCCGGAAAACGCCCUUUUUGAAGUGGUCGCCGGCGUGGCACCAAUUCCACCAUAUAACUUGAGCGCUACUGCACUUGCCGUGGGCAUUCUACCUUUGGAGCAAAGUACUGUGACACCACCAAAUACCCAGUACCUGGUGUUCGCCCACAAUCCAGGCGUAUUCGAUUUCGAAAGAAGUUCCGGAGCCGUGAACGUCGAGAUCACGUGCGGCGACUCCGUGUCCACCGUCAAAGAGACGCUGAUUGUGAACAUAAUCAAUACGGCACCGGUGAUCACUAACCCAGGGGGCUCCAGUGACGUCGCUGAUCCCCUUAGCGGACCGUUGACGUUAAAGACGUUGGAUUACGUAACUUUCGAUAAGUCUGACGCCACCUGCUCAAUGACCAGCGCUGACGGGGGACCAUUCGCCGUCACUGGCAACCAAAUCGUGAAGACGGAUGGAGCUCUGAACUUUGAGACAAAGGCGACGUAUAAUCUUGACGUCACGUGCACUGACGGCCUUCUUCAAACCACGGAUACUUACGUCGUCAAAGUCCAAAACGUCGGUCCAAAGAUAACGAGUUUGCCGACGGCGUCAACUCUGGACGAGUGGCAGACUGCGGAAAAGCAACUCACGACGUUGACGUUAUCGGAGGACGCGGCUGACUGCGUUCAGACGUCACCGACGUAUAACGAGUUUAACGUCAAAUACGAGCCCGCCACAAAAGUAUGGGUGAUCUACUACGUCAGCGUGGCGGUGGCUGGGCGGUCGCUUAGCUACGACACGAACCCCUUCUACAACCUGCACAUUCAGUGCAGCGACGCCGCGGGGGUCAAAGGGGCGGAGAAGAUUUUCACCGUCCAUAUUAACGAUAACAAAGCACCGACGAUCGACAACAUUAGCAGUAAGCCGAACAACAUAUGCUUGAUUAAGGACAUUCUUGCGAAAAUUCUAGCGUUAUUUAGAUACUUUUAAAAUGAAUUAUAGUAUUACUUAUAAAGUAUUGUAUUAACUUUGAUCCAUCUUUGUAUUGCGCAUGAUGUCUUUUUGUUUGCCAAACGACGUUACUUUACUGUAUUACGUUGACGUCACUUUUUGUGUUUAUGCUUCGAAUCAUACUACUGAUGAAAGCUAUGGCCGAAACAUGAUUUAUGUUAAAGAUAUCCAAAAAAACGUGUUUGUUAAAAUAAAAACGUGUUUAUGAAAUUUAUUGAUUUAAUAUAAUUCCUUAAGUCUCCCGCUAUAACGUCUUACGGUUUGUUUUAAUUAACAUCGUUUAAACAGCUUUGUGUGACUUACAAGAUAUGGUAUUCACGUGACAAAAAAGAUGGUGACGUCCAUGCCGAGACAGGUAUUUUCGCCGUUUUAUACCCUUUAAUACUUGUAUUAAUUGUUUAAAUGCCGCUAACAUAUCAGCAAGAGAGCAGGAGCUGUAAUUUUAUAACCCGCAUUAUACCCCCCUCUCAUAAUGAUCCUCG